ACGUUCCGAUUGUGUAAUCUUGUUUACAAGAUGCUUUUCUGUUUUAUAUCUUAUGAAAUUGCCUAUUUUUUCCCGGAAUCUCGGUGAAAUAAUGCGGAAUAACAUCUGGCUACGCAAAAUUUAAAGAUAAAUUACAUAAGAAUUAAGUUGCCGCAAUUGAAUAUCCUGUUUACACUAAAAAAAGCUGACAUUCGAGUUUCUUAUAGUUUAGCUAGUCCAGCGAUCGAUGAACUUAUUGAUAUAAUUGUUACACAUGUUGAUAUGGCAACGCGAGAUACAGUUAUUCCGGUUCGAGUAUCCUGGCUUUUUUUACCAUGAGAAUACGACGAAAAUGCAGGGAAAGGAGAAUUAGUUAAACGAAUUUGAACAUCGGUAUUAAUCGAAUAACAAUGGCGACGGGUGGUAAAGGUAAGAAGAAGGCUGGUGCGAAGACAAACGGAAAAAAUAACGGAAAAGGCGCUAAAGGUGGCAAUGGCGGUAAAAGUAAAGGAUCGAAGAAAUCGAAAAGAAGCGGCGGAAAGGCACGAUUCGCCAUGGACAUCUUUAACGAGGAGGUGAUGGAAAACGCUUAUUACACAUGCCAUAACAUUAUGGAUGUGAUGAAGUGCCGAGGUUUCCCGUGGCCAGACGCUCAGAAGAAAAAGGGAAAGAGGAAGAAAUAAAUAGUCACGCGAACGUCUGGAAACGUACUUUUAACAUAUUAGAAGUAGUUCAAUAGGAUACAAAUAUCCAAUUAUGUAAGGCGCAUAUGAAAUAAACUCAUCGUAUACAUUUUGUUUUAAUUUUAGUCAUGGGCGUAUCCAAGGGGGGGUUUGAGUGGUUCAACUCCCCUCCUCGAAAUUUACCUUUCAUUUUUAAUUAUACAACUUUUGAUUCUAAAUAAAUUUUUUAUUAUCGCAAAAUAUUUUCUCUCCGUUACGAUUAUCCAAUUCAUUAAUGCAAACAAUUGCUAUUUAUGCAUUAAAUUAACAGGAUUGAAAAACCUCCCUCCGAAAAAAUUCCUGGAUACGCCCUGCUGAUACACAAAUACUUGACAUUAUAUAUUAUUAAUUAGCAUUAAUUUAAUGUAAAAUGCUGCAAAAGUAUGUUAAAGCUUAUUAAAGCUCUAGUUUUCACGUUUCUCUAUUUUACAAAAAUAUAAAAUACUUUUGAACUCUCUCUUAAGCACGCUCCAUAUGCUAUGUAUACAAAACUAAAAAUAAAUUUUUAAUACAUA